AUGGCUGCUUCCUACAUAACUCAAGAUGUCACGCAACAUUUUGAUUCCUCUGACAAGCACGCCUACCUCCCGCUUUCUGCCUCUCGCUUUGUGUGUGUAUGCGGGCUUGUGAGCGCGAGUGUGGUUUCCAUGGCUGCCGCUAAAAUUAGUUAUCUCUUUCUCCGCGUGUUUCCGGCUAUUAGUAGAAGCAGUGGGGGAGGACUGUUAUUGCGUAGGCCGGUGCAGCAGUUCGAUGAGUGGCGUCCGGAGCUGAUAGCGCAGGAGGCGGCAGCGAAGGAGCGUGCUAGCUGCCUUCUCUUCGUCUUCCAACCCCAUCUGACACGGGGUCUAGCCAGUCUCGUGGAGGUUGCCUAUUUCGCUGCUCGUUCUCAUCUUCGCAACAAUUCAAGCUUUUACCGCCCCUCUCGCCUCCUCCUUGUUGUCCGACCCUCUCCAUCCACUCUAGCGCUUGGUGGCCCCGCCAUCUUCCACGCCACACCGGCAGAAGCUGCGAGCAUUAAGGCAGCCUACCAAUGGUUGGAAGGUCUACGAUUUUCCCAUGUGCGUUUCUUCGAACGACUGGAAGAUGCCCUCCUUCACAUCAAGGCGCUCUAUCAAUCUUGUCAGAAAGGUGCUGAUUCAGAUCCUUACGAUAAGGCACAAAAUAUGACCGGUAAAAAGCUGCUCGCCACCUACCAAUACUCUCCCUUCCACAGAAAAGUGACCGCUGACUUAACAUUCGAUCUCUAUUGCGGUGGCACGGCACCGAAGAGGGUAGACGCCAACUCUAAGGGGAAGAGGGGGGCUACCAACGCCACCGCAACUACAAAUUGGGUAUUGUGCCGUCAGCACACUAAGCGUGAUUUCGCGCUGAGCAUGGCGGUACAGCGCCAUUGUUCCCGUCUCUACUUUCAUAUCUCCCGGCAAGGUCUGUGGAUUGUGGAGCAGAUGGAGGCGGCCUUUGCCAUCGGCAGUGGGAAGGAGGUAAUCCUCUGUGUCGAAUACCUCAGCGAUGAUGGCAACGUUACUUCAAUCGCAGCAGAGUCAGAGCAAGAAACAAGUUCAGGGAAUUCUUCGGGUUACAGCAGUCUCGCCAGUACCCCGGAUGAGGCCUAUCAACCACCAAGCACCACCACCACCGUCACCGACCUCUCAUCACUCUCAUCCUCUUCUCCUGUUUCUUAUCCUCUCCCCCCAUUUCGAUCCGUUUCUUGUAGCAGGAUGGGAUUGAUGAGGACUCACUCGGUGGGGGUGGAAUGCGAGAAGGAGCAUCAUACAAUUCGAAAGGAUAAAGCGAAAGAAGAUAGAACGAUAGAGAAGGUGAUUUCUCUCCCAUCUACUCCUUCUGUAGUCGUUUUUGGUGGUAAUGAAGUGUGUGGCCUGUCGCCGAUAGCUGUGAAGGAUCACAAUCGGUCGCGUAACUACCUUAAAGCUCUCCUUGAAGAGGCCGUUGAAAGGGGAGAUGGAAGAGGCCUUCUUCUUUCCCGGCCGGUGGAAGACAUCAAGGACCUUUUCUCCACCUUAUUUUAA